GAAACACAUGCGUUUUCUAAAAACACUACAAAAUGGGCUUUAAUACUUGUUUUAUAAGAAAUAGAUAGAGCAGAUCUAUUAUAUAACAAAAUGCACCUAGUGCUUUCAGUACAGGUAAUUAGAGGUGUACCAUACCCAGCGGGUUGUUUUAAACUGAAUGUGCUCCUUUAUUCAUUGUCAUUAUCUUUACAAUUAUGUUUAUCAGUGUAUUUAUUCGGCAAUAUUAAUUGGCUAAGCUAAAUUAUGAUUCCCAAUUCUUGUUAUGGGAGCUAUGUUAUGUUCCCAUACUGUGUUCCUAAAUCACAUGAAUUGUACCUAAAAGAACUGAAAAUAAUGGUCAUUAUAAUGAAUUUUCUACACUCUUAGAAUGUGGUGCUAGCAGAUGCUGAAGUGUCAGAGUUGUUGGCUACAUAGUCUGGCUCCUUUCAGAAUCAAGACUGGCAUUUCAAUGGGUUGAUUUGGUAGACAAAACUCACUUGGGUAGAAGCUGGUUGUUUCCAAUAGAUAUUUCCUUGGGUAAAGGUUGGACUGUCCAUUCUUCUUUACUAAGAUAAGACUGUGUAAAAGCAGUGAAAAUUGUAGUUGUUUUAUGAAACAUAAAUAGUUGUUUUAUGUAGUUGUUUUAUGAAACAUUUAUGAACCAGAGAUAUUUCUUCAGUGAACAUUUGGUUCCUGUGUGGAAAAGAAUCAUAGAAAGAUUAUUUACAGCAAAUACAUUUGAUGUCAUUAGUGGUGAUGCUUUUAUGGGCCUUCCUCAUCUAGAAUAUUUGUUUAUAGAGAAUAACAACAUCAAAUCGCUUUCAAACACUUCUUUCCGAGGAUUGAAAUCUUUGAUCCAUCUGAGUCUUGCUAACAACAAUCUCCAAACACUCCCCAAAGACAUAUUCAAAGGCUUGGAUUCUUUAACCAAUGUAGACCUAAGAGGAAAUAUAUUCAACUGUGACUGCAAGUUGAAAUGGUUAGUGGAAUGGAUAAGCAGAACAAAUGCCACAGUAGAAGACAUUUAUUGUGAAAGUCCACCAGAGUAUAAGAAGCGUAAGAUCAACAGCCUCUCUCCCAAUGUAUUUGAUUGCAUUAUCACGAAAUUUGUUGUAUUUCGAAAGCUGCCAUAUCAGUCUCUAUCAAUCGACACUUUCUCAUACAUGAAUGAUGAAUAUGUAGUGAUUGCCCAGCCUUUUACUGGAAAAUGCAUCUUUCUUCAAUGGGACCAUGUGGAAGGGACUUUUAGGAAUUUUGACAACAUCACAGGGACUUCAGUGGUUGUGUGCAAGCCUGUCAUUCUCGAGAAUCUCCUAUACAUUAUUGUGGCCCAACUCUUCGGUGGCUCCCAUAUAUACAAAAGAGACAUUCAUGCAAAUAAAUUUAUAAAAAUCCAGGAUAUUGAAAUUCUCAAAAUCCGCAAGCCCAAUGACAUUGAAACGUUCACAAUUGCAAAAGAUUGGUACUUUGCCAUUGCCGACAGUUCAAAAGCUGGCAUUACCACCGUUUACAAAUGGAAUGGAAAUGGAUUUUAUUCUGAUCAGUCUUUACAUGAGUGGUACAGAGAUACUGAUGUGGAAUACCUUGAAAUUGCCGGCAAGCCUCACUUGGUCCUGUCAAGUAGUUCUCAGCACCCUGUCAUAUAUCCGUGGAACAAAGGAACCAGCAAGUUCAUGGAGCCUAUUGAUAUCCCUGAUAUGGAAGAUGUUUAUUCUGUAAAGCAUUUCACCGUAAAAGAGAAUAUUUAUGUUUGUCUAACAAGAUUCAUUGGUGACUCCAAAGUCAUGAAAUGGGAAGGUUCAAAAUUUCUGGAUUUACAAAGUAUGCCAUCAAGAGGGUCAAUGGUAUUCCAACCUCUUCAGAUAAUGAACUACCAAUAUGCUAUUCUUGGAAGUGAUUAUUCUUUUACUCAAGUUUAUUACUGGGAGGCAGGAAAAUCCAAGUUUGUGAAGUUUCAAGAAUUAAACAUACAAGCACCAAGAUCUUUUACACAUAUCUAUGUUGAUAAACAAGAUUUUCUCUUUGCUUCCAGUUUUAAAGGGAAUACAGUGAUUUAUAAACAUAUCAUAGUUGACCGAAGCGCAUGACACGCACACACACUCACAGUGUGGAAUCUGUUAUGAGACUUUCUCCUGCGAUAAAAUGGACCUAAUGAACUAAAUGCAUGAUGAUGAUUCUCUUACUUCCAGUCUGCGAAUGCCUUUAACAAAGAUUGCUAGAAUAAAGUACCACAGUAUCUUCAUCUGUAAAUGUCAAGUCUAGUGCUGUUGGGCAUUGUAUUUUUUUAAAAGAAAGACAAAUGUAGUUAACUGGGCCUUUUUCUUCAAUCACUAUGUAAAUAUGUGGUGAAACUUCAUCGGUUUUCAGCAAGAAGGGAAAGAAACAAUAAGAUGUAAUUUUGUGUUAUUCACCUGUUUGAAAAUAACUGCCAAAUAAAAUGUUUACAUUUUCUUUCAUAUUCCAAA